AAUAUACAUGUAUUUAGAAAGAUUCAAGGUUACAUGAUUCAAUGAUAGAUGGCACAAUAGAUACAUACGAUAUCUAUAACAAUGCGUGUCCAGUCUUCCGAAGUUGGGUUGCUUGCAUUAUUGAAAUAAGUGCCGAUGGAUUAGUAUGUUUGAAUUUUUUCUUUGUUGUUAAUAAUAAGUGAUUAAAUGGAUAUUUUAUUGCAACUUUAUCGAUGCAGAUGUAAUUCAUUUUUAAGAUUAAAAAUAGCAUCUUACCGACAUGUAAGUACUUGCGAAAGUACAGUGCUCAAGAAAUUAGAUCAAGCAAAGAUUAGCGAGUCUAUCAUAAAUAAAGAAACGAUAAAUAAACUUGAAAAAUUAUCCUUAAUUGGAUAUGAUAAUGAUCGUGGUAUUGCGAUCUUAAAAGCAGCUGUGAAUUUUUCCGAACGUUUACGAAAUUUUGAAAUACCUGAAGAAGUUCAACCACUGUACAAUCCUUUAGAAGAGAAUAAUUUAUAUUUACGAGAGGACAAGGUGCUGGACAUUAAUAAUCGUCGGGAAAUUUUAAAAAAUGCAGCAGUUUUAGAAGAAGAAUAUUUUAUAGUACCUUUGCAAAAUCUUAAGAAUAAAUCAUGAGUAUAGAACAUGUUCUAAAAACUAUAGGUACAACAUUCAUAAACUUCUCUAAGAAUGGAUUCACUUAUGGAUUGCAAG